AUGGCCUACGUACCAGGCCUCACUCUCCCGGCCUCCAUCUUUUCAAGUGCUCCCGUUUCGAUCCUUCUUCCCCUCGGACUAGGCCUUGGAUCCGGCCUUGUAUCACAACCUGGAAAGAUGACCCUAAAGAAUUUCUCGGAUCCUGCUGCGAAAGAGCGAGGAAAGUUCAGGACCGCACAAGAACAGUACAUGGUUUUGAAGCACCCACCUUUCAGACCUCCGCCUUGGGUCUUCGCCCCAGCUUGGGCAACUUUGUACUCGAUGAUGGGAUAUACCGCUCACCGAGCUUGGACAAUGGGGAUGUCCAGCAUGAAUCCUCAGACGGUCGAGAACACGCGAAGAGGUGCUACCCUAUACACUAUCCAACUUGGUUUGAACGUCAUUUGGAUGCCUCUCUUCUUCGGUUUGGGUAGGCCCAUUGAAGCUAUGUUAGAUAUUGUCACUUUGACUGGGCUAGUCGGCUAUCUGACUUAUAUCUGGAAUAAAGUUGACACAAAGGCCUCCUACUUUAUGGCACCAUAUCUCGCCUGGUUGGGUUUUGCGACAUACUUGACCGCUGGAACGGGUUAUCUAAACGGCUGGACGAGAAAGAAUAAAGAAGAAAACGAAGAGGGCUCCGAAAAGAAAGAAUCAUGA